AUGUCAGGUUCGGGUUGGGCAACAAGAGUUAUAUACUGCCUGGGUAGAUUGUUUCUGGCUCAUUCGUCGGUGACUUUGUUAAAGGUCAACUUCUUGGACAAGGAUCAUUUGGCUCCGUGUAUUUCAGGAGAUGGGGACUUCUUUGCCGUCAAGGAAGUUUCACUACUUGAUAAUAGAAGAGAGGCACAAGAAUGCAUACAACAACUCGAGAGAGAGAUUGCGCUACUUAGUCAGCUUCAGCAUCAGAAUAUCGUGCGAUAUCGUGGCACAGCCAAGGACGGGUCGAAUUUGUACAUCUUUCUUGAGCUUGUAACUCAAGGGUCUCUUCUAAAACUCUACCAGAGAUACCAGCUUAGGGACUCUGUAGUCUCCUUGUACACUAGACAAAUUCUUGAUGGUUUGAAGUAUCUCCACGACAAUGGUUGUAUCCACAGGGACAUCAAAUGUGCAAAUAUAUUGAUGGACGCUAGUGGAGUUGUUAAGCUUGCAGAUUUUGGAUUGGCAAAGUUGUCAAACAUGAACGACGUUAAGAUCUGCAGCAUGUGGAUGGCUCCAGAGGUUAUUAACCACAAGCGUACUGACGAGUAUGGAAGUUCAGCUGAUAUAUGGAGCCUUGGGUGCACAGUGCUUGAAAUGCUGACUGGUCAGAUCCCCUACUCGUAUAUGGAACCCGUUGCUGCUCUAUUUAAGAUUGGAACGGGUGUGCUUCCAGACAUACCUGAAACUCUAUCACUCGACGCUCAGGCUUUUAUAAAUACGUGUCUCAAAGUGAACCCGGAACAGCGGCCAACAGCGGCUGAGCUGCUGAACCAUCCAUUUGUGACAAGGCCCUUAUCGUCCCCGAGCUCAGGUUAUGGCCUGGCUCAGUGA